GACUAAACCCCCAUACGGACAAAAGUCUGUUCAAUCUCCUUCUCUUCACUUCACUCUUCACAGAUUCUCUCUCUCUCUCUCUCUCUCUCUCUCUCUCUGUGUGAAGAAAAACAAUGGAUGUGGUGGAGAGACCCACGGCUCGCGUCUCAAACAUUCCUCAAAGCGCGACAGCCCACGACCUCCUACACUUCCUCGAGUCAACACUCGGCCCGGACUCAGUCUACGCCGUGGAGAUCGCCACCGAGCGCAAGAACUGGAAGUCCCGGGGGUUCGGCCGUGUUCAGUUCGCCAGCCUCGAGGCCAGGUCCAAGGCCCAGUCCCUCUCCCUGAGCUUCAAGUCCAACACCCUCAGGCUCUCCGACACCUUCGACGACGUCGUUGUCCGCCCCGUGCACCCCAAGCACCGCCUCGAGAACUGCGUUCUGCACGUGGGUUUCAUGGCGAGAGAGGGCUGCAUGAGUGUUCUGGAGUCCUGGGAGGGCGUCAGGGUCUGGGUUAUGCCUGAGAGAGCGCGAGUGGAGUUCUGGGUGUGGCAGAGUGGGGAGUGUUACAAGGUGGAGGUUAUGUUUCAGGAUGUUUUGGAGGCUGAUAGGUGUUGUUUGGGAGGAACAGAUGUCAAUGCUCUGAUUCUCAAGCUCAAGUAUGGCCCAAGGAUCUACCAAAAAGUUUCUGGACCUGGUAUAACUUCAAAAUUUAGUGGUGAUCGGUACAAUAUCUUCAAGGAAGAUCUCGACUAUCUAUGGGUUCGCACUACUGACUUUUCUGUUUUGAAGUCAAUUGGACAAUCAACUUCAUUUUGUUGGGAAACUGAAGAAGGAUUAUUGGCUUCAGAUAUUUUUACAAGUUUCCCUCGCUAUAAAGAAGACAUGAAGGAUCUGAUUUUAGAGGAUGGGGAGGAAUUCUGUUCUACAUCCGAGAUAGUUCCACUUGUGAAAUGUGAAUUGGGCUCGAACUUAGCAUAUGAAAUCUUUUUCCAACUUAAUUCCCUUAUUCAUACCCAAAAAAUUAGCCUUGCUGCAGUAGAUUCUGACCUGGUUGAGACACUUGGCAGAUUAAAGGUUGAAACUGCUCUUAUGAUUCUUCAGAAGUUGCACAAGCUAAAUUCCACUUGUUAUGAGCCUUUAUCGUUUGUAAAGACUCAAUUACAUGUCCUAGGAAGAAACAGUAAAAGCAUUCCCCCAUCUUCCCACGAAAGGUUAGCAGAUCAUAAUGUAAUGAGUUGUCAUAGAGCCUUAAUUACCCCUUCAAAGAUUUAUUGCCUGGGUCCUGAGCUUGAAACUUCUAAUUAUGUCGUGAAGAAUUUUGCAUCAUAUGCUUCAGACUUUAUGAGAGUUACUUUUGUUGAAGAGGAUUGGAGCAAGCUUCCGGUAAAUGCCAUUUCCACAAGUGUCCAGCGAGGUAUUUUUGCCAAACCAUUUAGAACCGGAAUAUAUUAUCGGAUAUUGUCUGCUCUUCGAGAUGGGAUUGUGAUUGGGGCAAAAAGAUUUCAGUUUUUGGCUUUUUCGGCUAGUCAACUCCGAUCGAAUUCCGUUUGGAUGUUUGCUUCUAAUGAAAAAAUAAAAGCAGAAGAUAUCAGAGAAUGGAUGGGGUGCUUCAAUAAGAUUCGCAGUGUCUCCAAAUGUGCAGCAAGGAUGGGUCAGUUGUUCAGUUCCUCUCACCAAACUUUUGUCGUCCCUGAACAAGAUGUAGAGAUUAUUCCUGAUGUUGAAGUAACCACUGAUGGUUUUGACUACUGCUUCUCAGAUGGCAUUGGAAAAAUUUCUGUGUCUUUUGCUAUGCAGGUUGCUCAGAAAUGUGGGUUAAAUCGAACUCCUUCAGCAUUUCAAAUAAGAUAUGGUGGAUACAAAGGUGUCGUCGCUGUUGACCGUAAUUCCUUUCGGAAGCUAUCUCUGCGUGGUAGUAUGCUUAAAUUUGAAUCACAAAACAGGAUGCUUAAUGUCACUAAAUGGAGUGAUUCAAUGCCUUGCUAUUUGAAUCGAGAAAUUAUUUCCCUCUUGUCUACCUUGGGAGUUGAGGACGAAGUAUUUGAGGCAAUGCAACAGGAACAAUUGUGUCUGCUGCACAAAAUGCUGACAAGUAGAGAGGCAGCUUUAAAUGCCUUAGAGAGCUUGAAUGGAUCAAAUUCUAGAAACAUUCUGAUAAAAAUGCUGCUUCAGGGUUAUGAGCCAAAUCAGGAACCUUACCUCUCAAUGAUGCUUCAAGCACAUUAUGAGAACCUCUUGUCUGAUUUGAAAAGUAGAUGUCGAAUAUUUGUUCCAAAGGGCCGGAUCCUGAUUGGUUGUAUGGAUGAAACUGGCAUUUUAAACUAUGGCCAAAUUUAUGUACGUGUCACCAUGACAAAAGCAGAACUACAAUCUUUGAAUCAGAGUUACUUUCACAAGGUGGAUGAGACAACAUGUGUAAUAGUAGGGAAGGUGGUUGUGACCAAAAAUCCUUGUCUUCACCCAGGAGACGUCAGAGUCCUUGAGGCUAUCUAUGAAGUAGAAUUAGAAGAGAAGGGUCUGGUGGAUUGCCUCAUCUUUCCUCAGAAAGGAGAACGGCCGCAUGCAAAUGAAUGCUCUGGUGGCGAUCUUGAUGGAGACCAAUUUUUCAUCAGCUGGGACAAAGGUCUCAUCCCAUGUCAAACUGAUCCCCCAAUGGACUACACAGGGCGAAGACCUCGUAUAAAGGAUCAUGAUGUGAGCUUAGAGGAAAUUCAAAAGUUUUUUGUUGAUUACAUGAUCAAUGAUACUUUGGGUGCCAUCUCUACCGCACAUCUAGUUCAUGGCGACCGUGAGCCAAAUAAAGCCCGGAGCCAAAAAUGUCUAGAGUUGGCAAACCUCCACUCUAUGGCUGUUGACUUUGCAAAGACUGGUGCACCAGCUGAAAUGCCCAGGGUCUUGAAGCCAAGGGAGUUUCCAGAUUUCAUGGAGAGGGUAGGCAAACCCAUGUAUACCUCCAAUGGGGUCUUGGGGAAACUCUACCGUGCGACAGUUGACUCAAUGCUGCAAGAAAGGUCAAACUUUGUCUUGGAUAAGAUUGCUGAAGGAACUUACGAUUGUGAUCUUGAAGUAGAUGGUUUCCACAACUUCCUUGAAAUUGCAGAAAGUCACAAGGACCUGUAUUUAGAGAAAAUGAGUACCUUAAUGAUAUAUUAUAGAGCCGAGAGCGAAGAUGAGAUGCUAACUGGUAAUCUGCGGAGCCGCGAAGCAUAUUUGCAGCGUGAUAACAGGAGAUAUGGUGAUAUGAAGGAUAGAAUUCUGCUGGCAGUGAAGAGCUUACAAAAUGAAGCCAAAGAAUGGUUUGAAAGUAGCUGCCAAAGGCAUGAACAUCAACAGAUGGCCUCAGCAUGGUAUCAUGUAACCUACCACCCAACUUAUUGCCAGGAAAGCUUUAGUUGCUUGAGCUUUCCAUGGAUUGUAGGUGAUAUUUUGCUGAACAUAAAAUCUGUAAAUAGCAGAAAAGUUCGCCCAUAAGAAGAUGUUGUAUGUAUGUGCCCGAUUUGUAUAUGGGAAUUUGUCUGGAAGACCCAAAUCUAAUUGUACCCAUUGGAUGAUAUUAGACCUUUUUGGCCAAGCUCUACAGAGACAAAACCUCUUUGCACUAGGUGAUGACUCUUUCUGCAUGGCCGCUGAUUAUUUGCAUGAGAACCCAUUGAUUUAAAACACCAACUUUACCGACCGACUUUCAGCAGUCAUGUGACAGGAGUUGCAGCUUAUAUUGUGAAAGAGACUUCAUAUCUCUCUGCUUAAGCUUUUAGAAUUUAUACAGUUCUAAACUGGGAAAAAUAUACUUCAGUCUCUAAAC